AUGUGGAGUUUUACAAUGGGAGUAGUACUGCGCAAUCUCCAAAAGGUGGUGCCUCUUCGCCGCGCCAGACUGCGCAAGGAUGUUAACACGCUGAGGCACAUACUGGGCAUCCAGAAAUUUGACCUGGGCAUCAUUUGCGUGGAUAAUCAAAGGAUUCAGCAAAUUAAUAACAUCUAUAGAAAGAAAAACGUGCCCACGGAUGUCCUCUCAUUUCCAUUCUACGAGGACAUCAGACCUGGUAAGCUGCCUUGCCCUCUUAAUAGGGAUGAGCUGAACCUCGGGGACAUUUUCUUGGGGGUCGAGUUUGUAAUGAAGCAGUGUCAGGAGGAAUCCUUAGAUCUGCAUGGUGCUCUUACUGUUGUCACUGCACAUGGUAUCUGCCACUUGUUGGGCUACAGGCAUGAGACAGAGGAAGAAUGGACUGAGAUGUUGCAGAGGGAAAGUUACAUUCUAAAUGAGUUCAACAGACUCACAGGGAGUCAUCUUGAGCCUCUGAUGAAGAAAUUCAAUCAAGAUAGGUGACCAUGGCUGUCACCUGUAACAUUUACAGUUGAACACUGUAUACUGCAGUGCUUGAUAUUGCUUGUACACUUUUCUAUUACCAGAUGGACUGUUUUGUUUACUAUCCUGCCAUGAUUCAUUCACAAUUUGCCAUCAUAUUUACAAGCAAUGUUUGCUGCUGCUAUUUUCUGAAGGACGUUAAACAUGCAGCUACUGAUUCUGUGGAUAUUCCUAAAACACUGGACUCAAUUGUUAAGAGUUUUAAAAAUCAAAUUAAAAAGUCUGUGCACUUUCA